AUGUCUUUCCCCGGCGUCAUCGCCGCUGCCGCCUUGAUGGUCGCGGCGCCGGCCCUCGUCGCGACACCGCUGCUCGGCGCGGCGGGCUUCGGUGCGGCCGGGGUGACGGCGGGCUCGGCGGCGGCGGCGGUGCAGAGCGUCAUGGGCAGCGUUGUGGCGCCUAGCCUAUUCUCUACGCUGCAGAGCGCGGCCAUGGGCGGAUACGGCGUGGUCGUUGUGCAUGGGGCUGUGCAGGGGCUUGGUGCGCUGGCAGCCAUUAUUGCGGGAUAUAUGGCUGGGAGAAAGGGUGACGAUGGCAAGGAUGGGGAAGGCGAUGAAAGUGCCGAGGGUGACAAGGAUGAGGGUGGCGAGGAUGGCAUGGAUGGCGAGGAGAGCAAGUAA